GAAACAAACAUACAAAAAAAAUAGUUUGUUUCGUCUGUGGCAACAUUAUUGUAGCCUGGGAUGCUAUUUCAUACUCGGAAAAAGAUGGUUUUCUUAGAAGGGCAUAUACGAGAAAAUAAAGAAAACGAAACUGACAAACAAGUUGUAGGAAAGAGCAAUCUAAUGCUAACUGUUGUUAUGAAUAGUUAAGGCAGAGCAUUCAUACAAAAAAGUGAAUAAAUUGUAAUAAAGAAUAAUUUUGAAUUUGCAUGUCAUUCAUACAAAAAAAGUGCAUAGGUUUUGUUCACACAUCUAUGUCCCUCAUGUUCUUAUGCAAUUUCUUGUUUUCUCAUGAAAAAUGAGAUAUUGCUUUUGUUUUUUUUCUUUAACAAGCUUGCAUUUGGAACACAAUGUGCAGAUGUAGUGACACUGAGAUUAAUGAUACUACAAUUGUAAAGGAUUUAACUGUUAACAUACAGGGAGACAUCGGUUAAACUAUGAGUGUAGAUUUAAAGAAAUCCUCUUCAAAUAGCUCCGAGAAGUCACUACCAUAUGAAGAGCAGCAGGCAAAGAUUACUGAAAUGAGAAAGUUUAUAGGACCAUUGCCUGAGAAGUUAGCCAUUUAUUGUUCUGAUGCAGCCAUCACUAGAUAUUUAAGGGCUCGAAACUGGAAUGUCAAGAAGGCAUCUAAAAUGCUGAAAGAAACCUUGAAAUGGAGAGCGGAAUACAAACCAGAAGAGAUUCACUGGGAAGAGGUUGCUCAUGAAGCUGAGACAGGAAAGAUCUACAUAUCAAAUUAUAUAGAUAAACAUGGAAGAACAGUUCUUGUCAUGAGACCUAGUUGCCAGAACUCAAAAUCAACAAAAGGGCAGAUUAGGUAUUUGGUUUAUUGCAUGGAGAAUGCAAUUUUAAAUCUUCCAGCGGACCAGGAACAGAUGGUCUGGUUGAUUGACUUCAAUGGCUUUAACUUGUCACAUAUAUCAGUGAAGGUGACACGGGAAACAGCACAUGUUUUACAAGAACAUUAUCCAGAGCGUCUAGGUGUGGCGAUACUAUACAACCCACCCAAGUUCUUCGAACCUUUCUGGACGCUUGUGAAACCCUUUCUAGAGCCCAAGACUCAAAACAAAGUAAAAUUUGUUUACUCUGUUGAUCUCAAUACCAAGAAAAUAAUGGAGGAUCUUUUCGAUAUGGAGAAAUUGGAGUCUGCAUUUGGUGGAAACGACUACUCGGGUUUCAACAUCAAUAAGUACGCCGAGAGGAUGAGGGAAGACGACAAGAGGAUACAUGCCUUUUGGACUAGGGGAAAUGCUCAAUCCACAGCUCCACCAGAACCCAUGCCCACAUCUACUGUUGACUUGAAUUCUGUUGAUCCAAACUCAGAUUCUAAUGCCUCUGACAAUGGCAAGGUAGAUGGUUCCUCCAGUCAUGUUUAAGAUUCAGAAAGCCUCAUUUCUAGUAAAAACCGAAGCUCGAGUCAUGUUUUGGAUGGGGUAAUAAGGUAUGAUGAUCUGACAGUAAGCUGACUGUUUUAGUUAGUAAUAUGAAGUUGAAUAGAGCUCCCUCAAUUGUAUCAUUGGCCUUUGUCAAACUUCUGUUGAAUGGAUUUUGUCUUUCAGUUAUUUCAAUGCCUUUUGAUAAGAA